CACCCUGAAUUCAUAGUGAAGAGCGAUUGCGAUCGCGAUUUAGACGCGAUAUCCGAUCGAUCAAUCGAUCGCAGCGAUUUUCAUUCAUUUUGCAAAGCGAUUGUUAAACAGGCACUGUUUCUGCGGAUACGACUUUAUAUUCAUUAAAAAUGGUAGCCAUCCUCAAAUUAUUAUUUUUUUACAGAAUGAUGUUGAAGAGUAGAAGAUUAAAUAAUCUUAAUAUUAAUAAAAGAAAGGAAGGUGAAUUUUACAUUCUUUUUCCAAAACUAUUAAAAAAUGACGCAAAAUUUUUUAACUAUAUGAGAAUGACAAAGGAGACAUUUUAUUAUAUUCUAAAAUAUAUAAAACCAUUAUUAUAUACUAAACGUACAAAUUUCAUUAAACAUCCUAUAAGUGUAGAAGAAAUGCUUAUGAUUUGUUUAAGAUAUUUAGCAACAGGCUGUAGAUACCCUACUUUGGCCUAUUCUUUCAAAAUAGGCAUAUCUACAGUCCAGAAAAUAAUUAGCACAACCUGCCAAGCUAUAUGGCAAACUUUGGUAGGUAAACAUAUGCAACCACCUACUCUCACUGACUUUGAGAGGAUAGCAAAGGAGUUUGAAGUGAAUUGGAAUUUACCAAAUUGUGUGGGAUGUAUUGAUGGAAAACACUGCAGAAUUAGAAAGCCACCUCAUUCUGGCAGUGGGUUCUACAAUUAUAAACACUUUUUCUCUGUGGUUUUACAAGGAAUUGUGGAUGCCAAAGGCAAAUUUAUAACAGUCGAUGUAGGAAGUUUUGGCAGUGAAUCUGAUGGAGGUGUUUUUGCUAACUCCAAAAUAUACAAAAUGAUAGAAAAUGGAGAUACAAUUCCCUCCUUCUAAAAGAUUGCCGAAUUCCAGCCUCCUUUUCCCACAUUUCUUUGUCACUGAUGAUGCCUAUCAUUUGAAGUCCUAUAUUUUAAAGACUUAUAAAGGUAUCCUUACCCCUCAACAAGAGGCCUUUAAUUAUCGGAUAUCUCGUGCUAGGAUACAAGUCGAAUGUGCAUUUGGCAUCUUGAGAGCUAAAUGGAUGAUUUUUGAUCGUCCUAUGGAUACAAAACUAUCAAUUACUGAAUAUAUAAUAAAAACAUGCACAUUAUUGCAUAAUAUUAUUAUUGAUAAGGAAAGAUUUAUGUCUUUUAAUCCUAAAAUAAAAUCACUCCCUGAAAAUUUAUUUAAACCACAAUCAAUUAAAUCAGCAACAAAUAUUGCAAAAUUUAAUAGAAAUUUAUUAUGCUUAUAUU